AUGGAGGAGUUCGCCGAGUACUAUGGAAUGCCCAACUGGAGCGUGACGAAUGUUUUUCGCGUUCUCACACGCAAGAAGCCUUUGGAGGACUCCAAUGAAUCCAAACUGGCCAAGGUACUAUCAGCCUUUGAUCUGACAGCUCUUGGUAUUGGAUCCACGCUGGGAGUGGGUGUCUAUGUCCUGGCUGGUGAGGUUUCCAAACAGUAUGCCGGUCCUGCGGUGGUCAUUAGUUUCCUAAUCGCCGCCAUCGCCUCCAUAUUUGCCGGACUCUGUUAUGCGGAGUUUGGAGCCCGAGUUCCCAAGGCGGGAUCGGCAUAUAUCUACAGCUAUGUCACCAUUGGCGAGUUCAUCGCUUUCCUCAUCGGCUGGAAUCUCAUACUCGAGUACGCCAUUGGUUCCGCCAGUGUCGUCAAGGGUUUAAGCACAUAUCUCGAUCAGCUAUGCGGCAAUCCGAUGAGCACCUUUCUGGGCACCCACAUGCCCAUCAACAUCGAGGGCAUGAGCGCCUAUCCGGACCUAUUUGCCUUUGUGGUGACCAUUCUCUUCUCCCUGGCCAUUGCCGUGGGAGCCAAGGAGUCGACGAGGGUGAACAAUGUCUUCACCAUGCUGAAUCUUGGAGUGGUUUUGUUUGUCAUCAUUGCUGGCCUCUUCAAGGUUUCCAGCAGUAACUGGUCCAUACCCAAGUCAGAAGUGCCCGAGGGCUAUGGUAACGGUGGCUUUAUGCCCUACGGCGUGUCGGGCAUUAUUAAAGGAGCAGCCGUCUGCUUUUAUGGCUUUAUUGGCUUCGAUUGCAUCGCCACUGCCGGAGAGGAGGCCAAGAACCCCAAGAAAUCCAUUCCGUUUGCUGUGAUCGUCUCCCUGGCUAUGAUCUUUCUGGCCUACUUCGGUGUUUCCUCGGUUCUGACCAUGAUGUUGCCCUAUUUUGAGCAGGACGAGAAGGCUCCUCUACCCCAUGUCUUCAGAAUCAAUGGCUGGCAUGUGGCGGAAUAUGUGGUGAGCAUUGGCGCCAUGUUUGGCCUUUGCUCCAGCAUGAUGGGUGCCAUGUUCCCGCUGCCGAGGAUCGUCUUUGCCAUGUCCAACGACGGACUGCUGUUCCGGUUCCUGGGAGACAUCAGCGAAAAGUACAAGACCCCGUUCAAGGGCACCAUGUUGACGGGUCUCCUUACGGGCAUACUGGCUGCCAUCUUUAAUCUGAGCCAGCUGGUGAACAUGAUGUCGAUUGGAACACUGCUAGCCUACUCCAUGGUCGCCAGUUGUGUGCUGAUGCUGCGCUAUGAGGUGGACGAUCGGAGGGAGAGCCGCAUUGCGAGCAAUGGCCGGGUAUCGAAUCUGGAUCAGGAUCAGCCCUGUGCCCUGUGGAGGAGGGUGUUCAAUCUGAAUGGACAGGCAGUGCCCACCAAGCAGACCUCGAGGAUCGUCACCGUUAGUGUUACUUUGUUCUCUCUUUGGUGCAUGGUCUUCUCCCAGAUACUGACCAAGUUCGAGGAGGAUAUAGCAGGUGUUACCUCCUUUGACGUUCUCAAGUUGGGACUGGGUACAAUACCCUUGAUUGUGCUCCUUCUGAUCAUCUCGCGUCAGCCCACGUCCGGAGUAAAGCUGUCCUUCAAGGUGCCAUUGGUUCCCUGGCUGCCGGGCAUUUCCAUUCUGAUCAACAUCUACCUGAUGAUCAAGCUCGACAUUCUCACCUGGGUGCGCUUUAGUAUAUGGCUCGCCAUUGGUCUGACCAUCUUCCUGUCCUACGGCAUCCGUCACAGUCGAUUGAGACAACGGGAGCAGAGGAACAAUUCCAUUGCCAUGAUGCGGGACUGCAGCAACACUGCCCUGUUGAGCGGCCAAGACAGUUCCAAGUACGGUAACGAGGUGCCCCUGAUAUUGAUGCAUAGUUCAUCCUAAAUAUGCUUGAUAUUUAUAUGCAUUAUACAUAUAUACAAGAAAAAUAAGCUAAUUAAUAUACAAUUCUCAUUACCCAUAUGCUCACCUUUGUAAUUUAAACAUGCACUAAGCUUCAUACCGUAAAAUAGGAAACCAAAAACUAUACAAAAAGUACAAUAAGUUAGCUGAAAGCAAUAAACACGAAUAUCUUAUCUGGUAUUAAUAAACAAAUUCAACAAU